AUGGCGACGGCUCGGGGCGGGGCUGCCGGGACUCGGUCCUUAAGCGGCGUUCCCGCCCUCUCUGCAGCGCGGUGCAUUGUGGGUGGUGACACCCGGCCGUUCGUUUUCUCCGCCAUGGGAGUGCGCAGAGGGGAACGGGGCCGGGGGGGGCCGGGGCUGGAGCCCGAUACCGCCGGGUACUUCCGACGGGCUCUGGAGACGCUGCAGGAAGGGUUGAGCCCGGAGGAGCUCGCCCUUUUCGCCCCCAACGUCCUGGCGGAGGCGGUGACGGCGGGGCCGGGGCCGGCAGCUUUGGACCCGGGGGGGUCGCGGGUGCUGCGGGCGUUGUUGCCCCGAGCUCCCUUGGAGGUUUUGGGUCGGGUGUUGCCCCCUUUGGUGGUGGGGGGUUUGAGGGGGCCGGCGGGUCACCCUACGGGUGCUCGGGUGCUGGAAGUCGCCCUGGCUCGGGUGUUGCCCGCCCUGGGGGAGGCGACCGCGGGGCGGGAGGAGGAGGAAGAAGAAGAAGAAGCAGCCGUGGGGCGGCUGGAAGAAGCCGUGGGGCGGCUGACGGCGGAGGUGACGGGUGACGCGGUGGCUUUCGCCCGGCACCCCGCCGGCAGCUUCGUGGUACGGGCGUUGCUGCGGGUGCUGGGGGGCACCCCGGGGGCAGGAACCCCCCAGCUGCCCCCCGGAGAGGCGGAGCCGAAAGCCAAGGGGCCGGCGCUUCCCCCCUCCUUCCCGCCCCUCCUGGGGCAACUGGCGGAGGCCUUUGAGGAGCAUCUGAGCUCCCUGCUGUCCCCGGCCGGCGCCAGCCUCUGCCUGCAGGUGGCGCUAGAGGUGCUGCACCGCAGCCAAUCGCCUGCCUGCUCCCGCCUCUGCGACGCGCUCAUUGGCCAGCUGGCCCCGCCCGGCCCCGCCUCUGCCGAGAGCGCCCUGGUGCGUGGGCUGCAGGACCCCGAGCGCAGUCGGUUGCUGGAGGCGGCCAUGACGGUGGCCGGACCCCAGCGCCUGCGCGACCUCUUCCGCCGGGAGCUGAAGGGCCGCCUGCGGGGCGUGGCCGCCCACCGGCUGGCCAAUCACGGGCUGCAGCGCCUGCUGGACCACGCCCCCGCUGACGUGGUGGGGGAGGUGCUGUCGGAGCUGGGCCCGGCCCUGGCCGAACCUUUGGCCCGGGGCCACCCCGGGGUGCUCACGGCCCUGCUGGGCGCCUGCCGGCCUCACCCGCACCUCCAGCAGGAGGCGCUCUGCCGCCUUCUACAGGCUUUCGGUUGCUGGGAGCCGCGGGAGCGACGCCGGGCGUGCGUGGGGCUCCUGGCCGGGCUCCGCCCCUUUGGUGACGAGGAGGGGGCGGAGACAGAGCCCUCCCUCGGCGCCGUCACCCUCCACGGCUCCCUCCUGCUCCAGCACCUGCUGCACUUCAGGGACCCGGGGCCCGUCCUGGGGGGGCUCCAGGCACUGCCCCCCCCAGCCCUGGCCGCCCUGGCCCGCAGCCCCCCCGGCAGCCGGGUUUGGGACGCCGUCCUCUCCUCCCCCGCCGUCCCCGCUCGCGCCCGCCGCCGCCUCCUGCGCAAGCUCAAGGGUCACUUCCUCUCGCUGGCGUGUCACCGCAACGGCAGCCGCGUCCUCGACGCCGUCUGGGCCUCGGCCUCCGUCCCGGCACGCGCCGCCAUCGCCGAGGAGCUGGCGUCCCAGCGCGAGGCCCUACAGCGCGACCCCCACGGCCGGGGGGUUGCCCGGACCCUCUCCCUCGACCUCUUCCUCCGCCGCCGCCGCCUGUGGGAGCGGUUACAGGCGGCCCCCGACCGUCGCCGCGGUCUCCUGGGACCCCUCUUGGAGGACUGACGCCCCCCCCCCCCCCCCCCCCCCCACUCCCCGAGGGUGACGGAGAGGCGCCCACCUGGAGGACCGCGGGGGUCAUAGAGAGGACAGGCGGAGAGCGACAGAGCGUCCGCUGGGCUCGGGCGCUUCCUGAGAUCGGGGAGGACCGGAGAAAUGGCGCCGUACCAUAGAGGCGCUGGAGGACUGCUGGCUAGAAAGGCCCCCCCCCGUGCCAUAGAGCUGCUGGAGGACCGAAUGCCAGAGAGGACGGCUGCCUGACGUGAGCACCAUAGAGUUUUCUCCGGGGAGGGGCCGCUCGCUCUGUUCCUGCUUUCCCAAUGUCUGGGUUUUUUUUUUUUUUUAACGUAAAGCGACGGUUUUUUCGUA